AUGGCCGACAACAAAGCUGUUGAUCUCGACUUCGUUGUGCCAGGAGACUUGCUCACCAAGCAGCCUGCAGUUAAAGAUGAUGGACGCCUCGAUGUCGACCUGGAUUCGCGCGUCGUCAAGUCUCUCUCGCUUUUCCUUCCAAACCUCAAGGGCAUCCCAACACAAGAUUACGAAGACGACUCCGAAGCGCCGCCCUACGAAUAUAUAACCCCCCGAAAUCCCGACUCGGAGCCGUUUCGAAUCAAGCUCAACAUCGUCAUUCAGGUGGUCGGCAGUCGUGGCGACGUCCAACCAUUCAUCGCACUCGGCACGGAACUUCAAAAGCAUGGACAUCGAGUGCGGUUGGCGACGCACAAUGUUUUCGACUCUUUUGUCCGCACGGCUGGACUAGAGUUCUUUCCUAUUGGCGGCGACCCGGCCGAGUUGAUGGCAUAUAUGGUGCGCAAUCCUGGAUUAAUCCCUAGUAUGCAGAGUCUACGAGAUGGCGAUAUCCAGAAGAAACGGAAAAUGAUGUCAGAAAUGCUCAAAGGCUUCUGGCGAUCCUGCAUCGAAUCUGAUCCGAUAUCAUCAGCCCCCUUCGUUGCGGAUGCAAUUAUCGCUAACCCUCCGAGUUUUGCUCAUCUGCACUGCGCGCAAGCUCUUGGCAUACCCGUUCACCUGAUGUUUACAAUGCCGUGGACGAGCACCAGGGCGUUUCCCCAUCCGUUGGCGAAUAUUAAGAUUGGCAAAGGCUCUGGGACUGAACCUCUGACUGCCAAUUAUAUAUCCUACGCGGUUGUUGAAUUUCUGACUUGGCAAGGCCUCGGCGAUAUAAUCAACGAGUGGAGGGAGGAUAUUGAUUUAGAGCCGGUGGCCUUCUCAGAAGGGCCACGUCUUGCGGAAACAUUACGGGUCCCCUUCACCUAUUGCUGGUCUCCUGCACUGGUGCCCAAGCCAGCAGAUUGGGGAUCACAUAUUGAUGUUUGCGGAUUCUUCUUUCGCGAGCCACCCAACUAUACACCUCCGACCGAUCUCGACGAAUUCCUUCAACGCGGCCCACCGCCUGUCUACAUUGGGUUCGGCAGUAUUGUCAUCGAUGAUCCGCAAAAGAUGUCCGCGAUGAUAAACGAAGCUGUUCGCGUUACCGGAACACGGGCGCUUAUCUCGAGGGGCUGGAGCAAGCUUGACGGUCCCGAGUCGGAGAACGUCAUGUACCUAGGCGACUGCCCCCAUGAGUGGCUAUUCCAGCAUGUGGCAGCCGUUGUCCAUCACGGCGGUGCAGGCACAACCGCGUGUGGGCUUCUGAACGGACGGCCGACCACUAUUGUCCCCUUCUUCGGAGAUCAGCCGUUCUGGGGCGACAUGGUCGCCGCCGCAGGGGCUGGUCCGAAGCCUAUCCCUCAAAAGUCUCUGACUGUUGAGACUCUUGCCGCAGCCAUUCGUUUCUGUCUGACGCCAGAGGCUGCUGAUGCGGCCCAGGAAAUCGCAGCGAAGAUGAAGACAGAGUCAGGAGUGAAAGCAGCCGUGUCGUCCUUCCACGCAAACCUUCCUACAAGGUACCUCGAAUGCGACAUUCUCAAGGGCUAUCCAGCCGCGUGGGCCUUCAAGAAAGGACGAACUCGGAUUACUCUAUCCAAAGUUGCGGCCGAGAUUCUCUCUACUCAUCUCAAGAUCGAGUUCAGUCGCAUCCAGCUCAAUGAAAGCCAUCGAACCAUCAUCGAGACUCGCCGGUGGGACCCCAUCACAGGUACCGUGUCCGCCGCAAUGGGUGUGAGUUCCAGCUUGAUAAAGGCUGCCACGGAUGUUGUCGCGAGACCAGUGCAGGCAUAUCAAGAUCAAAGAAAGAGCGGACCUGAGGAUUCGAAUAUUUUACAGCCUACCACACAUGUGAGUUUACCGCCUGCAUUACCCGGGGUCCAGAUGUCCGUAAUCCCGAGAACGAAGCAGAAUACAAGAGGAUGUGUUGACCCUACGGCUGUGAUGACGGCCGCUUCGUCUAGCAUGGGAACUUUCUUGAAGCACUAUGCUAGCGGUCUAAUCAUCAUACCCUUCGCCUUUACCGAGGGCUUUCGAAGCAUGCCGCUGCUGUACGGCGAAGAGGUCCGAGAUUACGGGGAGAUUCACGACUGGAGGUCUGGAGCUGUCGUUGGCGCCAAGUCUGUCUUCUACGGCGUUGUAGACGGAGUAGGGGGGCUUUUCAUCCUUCCAUAUCGAGGUGCCCAGAGACAAGGUCCACUUGGGGCCGUGAAAGGCGUCGGUAAGGGAUUUGCCGGUCUUUUUAGUAAGCUCUUUACUGCUACAAUGGGGAUGGCCGUGUAUCCGCUCCAGGGCAUUUACAAAAGCGUGUGGGCUACUGCCAAUUCCAGAACUCGUCGUUCGAUUCAGCUAGCAAAGCGUAUAGAGGGUCGAUACUUGACAGAUAAGGCCCGAAAGGAGGGUGUUGAGGAUAAAGUAGUGAUGGAUAUAUUUGACGCAAUGAGAAAGGGAGAGUUGCCUGCUUGA